AUGGCUUCUCUGGGACGGGCCGCUAUCAAGUUGGGCAACAAUGUCAAAGAGAUUCGAGUACAUCUGUGCCAGAAAUCUCUAUCUAGCAAAGGAGUGAGAGAUUUUAUAGAACAACAAUAUGUUGAGCUGAAGAAAACCAACCCAACAUUUCCUUUUUUGAUUAGAGAAUGUAGCAAUGUAGAACCAAAAAUAUGGGCUAGAUACGAAUUUGGAAAGGAAAAAUCUGUUUCGCUUGCAAAUUUAACAAGUCAACAGGUAUCAGAAACACUGAAAACGAUGUCAAGUAGUGGGUAA